AUUUGGCAGCACUUUUCAUUUUUUAGCUGAAAGAAAUUGUAAAUUGUUCAAAAAUCAUAAAAUUUGAUAGAGGUAAAUUCUAAUAGCCAAAAUAAAUACAAGAUGCUGGGAUGCGCCUGCACGUGCUUAAAGGUAAUGCUCAAGGCACAGAACAGCUCCGCAGUCGUCCAGAGGAACGGCAACUGGUACUGGAAUGGGCGUGGCGUGCGCAACUACAAGGUGACGGUGGUGGGUGCGGGGGGCGGCAUUGGGCAGCCGCUGUCCAUGCUGCUCAAGCAAAAUCCGCUGAUUGAUGAACUUACGCUGCAUGAUGUGGGCGACAUAAAGGGCGUGGCCGCUGACCUGUCGCACAUCUGCACCUCGACGCAGGUGGACUUUUUCGAUGGUGUCAAACAGCAGGAGCUGAUCGAUUCGCUGCACGAUUCGCAUGUGGUUGUGGUGCCAGCCGGGCUGCCCCGCCAGCCGGGCAUGACGCGGGAUCAGCUGGAGGACGCCAACUCCGGCGUGGCAAUGGCCGUGUCCUGUGCCGUGGGCAUGGCUUGCCCCGAGGCGCUGCUGGCCUUCAUCACGAACCCGAUAAACACCAUAGUGCCCAUUGCGGCGGAAUUUCUUAAGGCCAAAGGUGUCUUCGAUCCGAAUCGCCUGUUCGGGGUCACAAGCCUGGACGUGGUGCGUGCCAAAACAUUCAUUGCGGACUACAUGAACAUUGAUCCGGCCACGGUUGAAAUUCCCGUCAUCGGCGGUCAUGCGGGCAAAACCAUACUGCCGAUCUUCUCGCAGUGCUUGCCCAAAUUCACCGGCGAGGAAGAGGACGUGAAGCGGCUGACGGAGCGCAUACAGGAGGCCGGCACCGAGGUGCUUAUGGCCAAGGCAGGCAAGGGCUCCGCCACUCUCUCGAUGGCCUAUGCCGCCGCCUACUUCGUCAACGCCUUGCUGCGUGGCCUGAACGACGAGCCGGGUGUGAUCGAAUGCGCCUACGUGGCGUCCGAUGCCACGGAACUGCCGUUCUUGGCCACGCCGCUGGAGCUGGGCCCCAACGGCAUCAAAAAGAAUCUGGGUCUGCCCAGCCUGAAUGCCGACGAGGAGGCGGCCUUCCAAAAGUUGCUGCCCGAGCUGCGUCAGAGCAUUGAACGGGGCGUAAGCUAUGCAGCGAAGAUAAUCGAUGCGGCCAAGCCUGACCAGGAGCUGAUCAAGGAGCCCGAUUCCAAAGUCGAAGACUCGGCGAAAUAUGCUCAGAGCAACUAGGAAACAAUUCACGCUAAUCUACAAACGACAUCUUGACGCAGUUCCUCAUUCAUUGAAUGUAACACACACUCACACACACACACACAUACAUAUACAUA